AACAUUUUAUGCGAAUGCAUAAUGUUUACCAUACAUCGAUUCUAAAUUGUGUUUUCAUUGUUAGACGCAAGUCUUAAAAGACAGCCCUGCUGUAUAUGACUUAUCGAGUAUCCUGCUGAAGUUAGAAUAUAGUAAUAUAGAAUAUAGUAUAGUAUGCAAAUUAAACUUCAUUGUCGCUCCCUCAUUUUGCACGCAUAUCAUUUGGAAGUACUAUUACCAAUAAAUGAUGGAUUAUAUCUUAUUUAACCACCGUUAUCAUAAAAGUAAUGUUUAUCACAUAAAUUAUUUCCUUCCACAAGUGACACUAUAUGCUAUUUAUGACAAAAUGAUAAAAAUAAAUAUAUAACGAAAUAAGUUUAUUAAUGUAUGUCGCGUCUCGAGAACACCAAAUGCAAUAAAAAUGAGUCAAUGCAGUUUUUAGAAGGCCAUUAAGCAUGUGACAUGAACGUGCACUCACGUUGCAAGGAGAACGUGCCUAGCUUAUGUGGCUGCGAUCACACCGAACGACGUGGACGCAUCAAUUUGGAACUUGUUGUCAAGGAUAGCACAUUGACAGUACAAAUAAAAGAAGGUAGAAAUCUCAUUCCUAUGGAUCCAAACGGUCUGAGCGAUCCAUAUGUCAAAGUAAAACUCAUUCCAGAUGAACAAGAUAAAUCAAAGAAAAAAACUCGCACUAUUAAAGCAUGUUUAAAUCCAAUUUGGAAUGAAACUAUUGUUUAUGAGUUAAAACCAGAAGAUAAAGACCGACGAGUCUUAAUUGAAGUUUGGGAUUGGGAUCGGACAUCACGUAAUGAUUUUAUGGGAGCUUUAUCCUUUGGCAUAUCUGAAAUUAUAAAGAACUCGGCAAAUGGCUGGUUUAAAUUGCUCACACAGGAGGAAGGCGAAUACUAUAAUGUGCCAUGUGCGGAUGUCACACAAGACCUACUUAAAGUCAAAAGCCAAAUGCGAAAAUCAUCACAAAAGAAACCAUUGGUUAUGCGAACUGACACCAAUUCACAGUCACAAUCCAAAAAGGAUAUGAUACGUGCAACAGAUUUUAAUUUCAUAAAAGUCUUAGGCAAAGGAUCUUUCGGCAAGGUGAUGCUAGCUGAACGCAAAGGCACGGAAGAGUUGUACGCAGUUAAAAUAUUAAAAAAGGAUGUCAUUAUACAAGAUGAUGAUGUUGAAUGUACAAUGAUUGAAAAACGUGUCCUCGCGCUGGCUGAGAAGCCGCCAUUUCUGGUGCAAUUACAUUCCUGUUUUCAGACUUUGGAUCGCUUAUUCUUUGUUAUGGAAUAUGUCAAUGGCGGUGAUUUAAUGUUUCAAAUCCAACAGUUUGGAAAAUUCAAGGAACCAGUUGCUGUUUUCUAUGCUGCUGAAAUUGCCGCUGGGCUUUUUUUCCUACACAGCAAAGGCAUACUGUAUCGUGAUUUGAAAUUGGACAAUGUCCUUCUGGAUGCUGAUGGUCAUGUGAAAAUUGCAGAUUUUGGCAUGUGUAAAGAGAACAUAAUGGGCGAAAAGACAACAAAAACUUUUUGUGGCACACCGGACUACAUUGCGCCUGAGAUUAUAUUGUACCAACCAUAUGGUAAAUCUGUUGACUGGUGGGCUUAUGGUGUUUUACUUUAUGAGAUGCUAGUUGGCCAACCGCCAUUUGAUGGAGAAGAUGAGGAGGAACUGUUCGCUGCCAUCACCGAUCACAAUGUCUCAUAUCCGAAGAGUCUGAGUAAAGAAGCAAAGGAGGCAUGCAAAGGAUUUCUUACUAAACAACCGGGUAAACGUUUGGGUUGUAGUUCUUCUGGCGAGGAGGAUGUACGUUUGCAUCCUUUCUUCCGUCGCAUUGAUUGGGAGAAAAUUGAAAAUCGUGAGGUACAACCACCUUUCAAGCCAAAAAUUAAACAUCGUAAGGAUGUUUCGAAUUUUGAUAAACAGUUCACAUCUGAGAAAACAGAUUUGACGCCAACGGAUAAAGUAUUCAUGAUGAAUUUGGAUCAAAGCGAAUUUAUUGGAUUUUCCUACAUGAAUCCUGAUUAUGCGAUAAUUGCAUAAAAAGUUAAGGCAAUGGAUGUGUGCCAUCAAUUGAGGUGGGUUGUUUGAGAAGUCAUAGAAAAUAAUGGCGGAGCUCAUGAAAAGUGGGGAAAAUGUUAAAAAUGGAUUUAACUCUAACUUAAAUCAAUUGCGGAGCUUUAAAUGAAAAAUAAUAUUUAUUUUGAU